CACUACUAACUUUCUUGUUUAUUUCUCCUCUUGCUAUCGUUUAUUUAUAUUGUAUUUCAUCUAGUAAAUUUAGUGACUUGAUUCUGGGAUUUUUUAUCAAGAACAUCCUUAAAAAUUGAUUAUUGUCAGUGUUGAAUUUUUUACUUUAAUCUCCUAAGUUGCAUCUUACGCAGAGAAUUAGAGAUGGGUUUUUGAGGGUGUCAAGGAUAAAGCACCGUUAAACUGUAUAGAGGUUUUUGACGUCAGGGUUUUAGGGAAAAAAAAUGUCAGAAACAGCUGAAUCUUCAGCUCCACUAUUGAAAAUGGUAGAGCUAGAAGGGAAAGGGAGGGCUCUUGUGGCUUCUGUGCCAUUAAGGGCUGGUCAAGUUGUCCUCAGCGAUUCCCCUAUUUUACUCUACUCUGCUCUUCCUUUGCUAGUAGCACCUCACGACGCUCAGCAAAAUCAUAACUUUGAGUAUUGUUCCCAGUGUUUCAGAUUAGUUGCCAAAGAACAGCCUUCUUCGUCUUGUCGUUGCCCUAGUUGUUCUUUGUCAAUCUUCUGUAGUCAAAACUGCCAAUCACUUGCUUUGUCAUCUUCCCAUACCCCUUGGGUCUGCCAAGCCCUCAAACAAUUUGGAGAGGGCUCUUCGCCACUUCUCCGGUGCCAGCCUGACAUCCAGGUUCAGGCCCGUUUUCUUGUUGUGGCCUACAACUUAGCAAUGUUCUGCCCUUCGAGUUUUCAGACCCUUUUAUCCCUCCAAGGUGAUCCAUCUACAUUUAUGAGCUCACCUGAGGCUAAGGACUCUGUGUUCUUUCUCCAUUCCCUUGUUUCGUCUCUCCCUUCAGGACCGGUUAAUCUAAGUACUUUUGGUUUGUCAUUCUCUGUGGAACUGACAGCUGCUCUGCUGGCCAAGGACAAGCUUAAUGCAUUUGGUUUGAUGGAACCCUUUGCCCCUGAUAAAGAAAGGUCUGUUAGGGCCUAUGGUAUCUACCCGAGAACGUCUUUCUUUAAUCAUGAUUGCCUCCCAAAUGCCUGCAGGUUCGAUUAUGUCGAUGCUGCCACUGCUGAUGGCAGAAACCUUGACAUGACUGUUAGAGUUAUUCAUGAUGUUCCAUGUGGCCGGGAGAUUUCCUUGAGUUACUUCCCUGUGAACUUGAAAUACUCUGAAAGGCAAAAGAGGCUCAAGGAAGACUACGGUUUCACUUGUGAUUGUGAUCGGUGCAGGGUUGAGGCUAAUUGGUCUGACCAAGAAGAUGAGGAGUUGGAUGAAGACAACCUCGGUGAUAAUGAGGGGGCUGCCAUGGAUGAGGACGACGACGACGAAGAAAUGGUGGCUGAGGAUGGCGGCAGUGUGGGUCAAGACGAGAGCUAUUUUCCUCACGCAUAUUUCUUUCUGCAAUAUAUGUGUAAUAAAGACAACUGCUGGGGCACAUUGGCUCCCCUGCCCCCUUCUGACUCUAGUACAUCUACUGUAAUGGAAUGCAAUGUUUGCGGAAGCUUGCAUCAAUCUAAAGAAGUUUUAGAUGGCAAUGUGGCUGAACAAUGAUUCUGAGUGCUGCUUUGCCAUCAUUCCAUCUUUAGCCACUUAUUGAUCUUCAUUCAAUUCUCGUGCUGCUCUUCUCUGCUAUUGUAUUAGACACCACACCAAGUGGAAGUUGAUGUUUCCUUGAGUGAUUACUGCUUCUUUGUCUAUGCCAUGAGUUGUGAUGUCUAUUAAAUAUUCAAUAUUGUGAUGGCUUCAGAAUUCUGGAGGCAUGCUUUGCCUUACAAA